AGGCACUCGAUUAUUCCCAGGCAGGAAAACGUGGUUUUGCAAGGAUUGCCACCAAAUCGUACAAAAAUGGUCAAAAAAGUGAAAACAAAACCUGCGUCGGCCGUACCGGACGAUCCACAGGCAAACGAAAGUGACGGUGCUUCCGAAGGGAACCAAAUAGUGCUGAUAAAAUCCAUCAAGAAAAAGAAAAAGUUUAAAAACCUCCAGAGCAGUCUGGUGUGUGCCGUACCGGAGGAGUCACCAGCAAACGAUAGAGACGCUGCGGAAAAGGAAUCUGUGGAGCGAACAGAAAUGCUUGGUAAAAAGAAAAAGUUGAAUAAGCACAUAAAAUUCAACACAAGCGACCCUAUUUCGAGCGAGGAGUGCAAUGAGGCAAGCAUUGAGGAGGAACCGUUCGACAUUUACAAGCUGCGCAAUCCGCUCGAGGAGGAAGAGCACUGGCAGUUGAGGCUCGCCUUUCUGAAGAAAAACCAGCACGUGCUGUCGCCGGAUGAACUCGUUUGUCUGGCCCAGGUGUACAUGAACAUCGAGCUGCUCAGGUGCACCUAUCCGCGCGAAACCAUGGAGCAGGUCAGUAAGCUGGCGGAAGGCAUCGGCGGUGAGUAUCAUCGCAAGCGUGCCUUCAUGCUGAAGCGUACAUUCGUGUCGGCCUCGGACGCAGCCGCCUGCAAGGUGCGAAGGGACGAUCCAUCAACGAUUCUGAAAGCGACCGAUAAGCCGGCUCCGACAAAGGAACCCCGGUACUCGUUAGAUGUGCCGAGCAUACCAACAUUCAUAUUGAACUGUCUGCGAAGCGACCUCAUCAUCUUGAACGAUAUGCGCCACACAAUGCAAAUGUUCAACCAGGUCAAUAAAGAUGGUCUACAGAUGGAGGCAAUUGUGCAUACCGUGAACAAAAGAGUGUUCAGAGGAUCCGUCGUGGUUGGUGGUAUAACGAUCGCCAAGGCGCAGGAGUGCACCAACAAGCUUGCGAUGCGAAUAGUUUUGGAAAGGGCGAAGGAACGUCUAUCGAAGUAUUGUUACUCCGUUAUACGCAAGAAAAAUGCCACCGAGGUGGACGGCAUUGAGGUCGUGUCGAAAUCGUCCGCCGCAAAGUCCACCAGCGAAGAACAAUCCAUGAAAGAGGAACCCGACGCGAGCAACAAACUCGACGCGGGCAACAUUGGCUUUCAGCUGCUGGCCAAGUUGGGUUGGAGUGGCGCCGGUCUGGGUGCUCGCGGUGACGGUAUAGUGAACCCGAUCAGUGUCGAGCAGAAGGUGGGUCGCCAAGGGCUCGGCGGGGACAGCUCGGAGGGUGCUAAGCUCGAUCGGGUAGAAAUCAGGAAGAAGCUGCAGGAUUUACGUGACGGAAAGCUCGCGGAUCAUUGCGUCGUGUUUAGCAACGAGUAUUCGAAGGACGAUAGAAAAAUGAUACAUGAGAUCGCGCGUAAACUGAGGCUCAAGUCACAAAGCCAUGGAAAUGAAAAUCAGGGCAACCGGCGUCUAGUGGUGAGCCUACCGCCGCUCCGACCGAGCGAACUGCUCCGCAAAAUUAUCGUGGAGAAGGAUGAGACGUUCAGCAAAAUGUUCGAAGUUACGCCUCCGACCGAGCAAGGAUAAUUCUACAUAAAUAGUUUAAUGUUAAGGUUUGUUGCUACUGUAACAAAAUUGAUAAAAUAAACGCAGGCAAACGUA